AUGACUGUUCCAGAGUAUGAAGCAAGGUUUGCAAAAUUGUCAAAAUAUGCUCCAGACUUGGUGAGCACGGAAGAAAAAAGAUGUCAGCGGUUCCGAAAAGGACUUUUACCGAAGGUAGCUACAAGGUUGACUACCUACGAGCAAGAGGAAUAUGCUCGGUUAGUGGAAAUGGCCAGGAUGGUUGGAAAGGAUAUUCAGGACUACAACGAAAGCCGGGAGUCAUACAAGAAAAAUAAGACGGAAGGUGCGGCAUUUGGUAAAUCCGGAGGCGGUAAUAACAAGGGUGGGGGUCAAAAAUCUCAAGUUACCAAAACUCAAGAUUUUGGAAAAUCACAAGGGGUUCCACGGGGUGGUGGAAAGGGAAGUCGGGACAAGAGACUAAUAGGCAGACAAUGAGUGGUGCUACAACAAUAACUCGCCGAUGUUUUAAUUGUGGAUCAACAGAUCAUUUGAUGAGGGAUUGUCUGAAUACAACAAAGGGUUUCAAGUGCUUUACUUGUGGAGAGGUGGGGCACAUGGCGGCUCAAUGUCCUCGGGUACAAGCGCCAGCGGCAUCUUCGGUGGGAAGUGCUCAAGGA